GAAGCGGUGUGUUGAUGGUACAUUGCCCCGUGAGGUGAAAAAGGUUCGUAAGGCUCAUAACCGCAGACAAGAAUGGAACAUGAUGGCUCUUGAUAAGGAGCUGCGGCCGGACCAUCGUCAUUAUCAUUCACUUCACAGGGGUGUAUCGUCUGAGGGCUCGCUGUCUCCAGACGGCAGAUCACAUCCAAACAGCUACCCAGUCCAAGCAUGUCACGCUCAGGCACGUGCCAGCCAUGCUCGUGCGCAGCCGCAUCCCUUCAUGCCAGUGGAGACAGCAUCAUCUAGUGCAAAUGGAGGGGUAGAGCACGAGUACCACAGCAUUGAAGGGCCUGUGGGAGUGGGUGUGGGUGCUGCUGUAGGUUACAGAGUGGGUGUACUCGCUCGAACACAUCCAACUCCUCCACAGUACCCACCCCCUGAAAAUGGAGUCAAUGGAACCAUCAUGCUUCCUCCAACAGACUAUAGUAUGAUGGAGUACUAUGCCAGUUCAGGCCUGCCGCCCCCUCCAGCGGGUCCCGUCAUUCCAUCUGCACAGACGGCUUUUGCCUCACCUCCAGCUACUCCUCAUCCUGGACCGAUCACAUCAACCUUACAGUAUCCUCGUCCACCUGUGCCACCUCCUGGACCUGUUUUAGCUUCACCUCCUGAAGGUCCACCUCCUCCUCCAGCACCUCCCGUACCUCCUCAUCCUGUAGCACUUAGAGAGGGACGGAGACUAACUCUGCAGCCUGUCACAGAUGCUCGCAGUGACCUGCUCUCAGCAAUACGCAUGGGUAUUCAACUAAAGAAAGUACAGGAGCAACAAGAACAGCAGGCUAAAAGAGAGCCGGUAGGGAACGAUGUGGCUACUAUACUCUCUCGCCGCAUUGCAGUGGAGUAUAGCGACUCAGAAGACGACUCUGAACUCGAUGAGAAUGAAUGGUCUGACUGAUUAUAGUCAACCACACACACAAGAGUAGAUAGAGACCUUCCUCUUUAGUAUGAAAGUACAUUCACCUUCAGAUACCUACAUAUAGUUGAUCAUUGAGAAAAUGAUGUCAAUUUCUCAAAAUAUGUUUAGGUAAUAUAUAGACCUUAAGAAACUAAAGCAGUCUCUUAUGCACUCAAACCAGACAAAUGUUCAAGUUACAGAAAGGAGAUAUUUAAAGCGUUCAUUUGAAAAGACUUUCAGUAUUGUCUGUUUUUAUUAUUUUAAUAUUCUUUGAGUUGAAUAAUCUGCUAAUGUAAUGUAGGUUUAUUUAUUGCUUUAUUUUUCUAUUACCUCUUUUCCUCAGCUUGCACCAAGAAAUUAUUGUGUGAAAAAAUCCCGUGUGAAUAAAU